AUGGCCGCGCCGUGCGGCCGCGGCGCGCUGCGGCUCGUGCUCAUCGCCUUCUCCGCGGCCUUCCUCACCUACAACGCGGUCCUCUCCUCCCGCUCCCUCCUGCCCCUCCCCACCGCCUCCUUCCCCGCCGCCACCACCGCCUCGUCAUCCCGCCGCCUCGCCUCCGGUGGCGCCAGCAGCGACGGCGGGCGGAGGCUGUUCCACACCGCGGUGACCGCGUCGGGGUCCGUGUACAACACGUGGCAGUGCCGCGUCAUGUACCACUGGUUCAAGGAGGCGCGGCGGCGGCCGGGCAGCGCCGACAUGGGCGGCUUCACCAGGAUCCUGCACUCCGGGAAGCCCGACGAGUUCGUCCACGAGAUCCCCACCUUCGUCGCCGACCCGCUCCCCGACGGGGCGGAUCAGGGAUACAUUGUUCUUAAUAGGCCCUGGGCGUUUGUUCAAUGGCUCCAGAAGGCAGACAUUCCGGAAGAAUAUAUCUUGAUGGCAGAGCCAGAUCAUCUUAUUGUCAAACCAAUCCCAAACUUAUCAAGAGAUGGCCGGGCAGCAGCUUUCCCUUUCUUCUAUAUCGAGCCCAAAAAAUAUGAAAAAGUGCUGCGUAAAUUCUUCCCCGAAAAGGAAGGGCGGAUCACUAGCAUUGACCCAAUAGGAAAUUCUCCUGUCAUCAUUGAAAAGGAAUCUCUUUCUAGGAUCGCACCGACAUGGAUGAACAUUUCGUUAGCAAUGAAGAAAGAUCCCGAAGCAGAUAAAGCUUUUGGCUGGGUUCUUGAAAUGUACGCGUAUGCUGUAUCAUCUGCUCUCCAUGGAGUGGGGAACAUCUUACACAAGGAUUUCAUGAUUCAGCCACCAUGGGACCUUGAAAUUGGUGAUUCAUUUAUUAUACAUUAUACUUAUGGGUGUGAUUAUGAUAUGAAGGGCAAAUUAACUUAUGGCAAAAUUGGAGAGUGGAGGUUUGACAAAAGAUCCUACGAGAAUAAAUCUCCUCGUAGAAAUUUUCCAUUACCUCCGAAUGGCGUACCUCAAAGUGUGGUGACACUUGUGAAAAUGGUUAAUGAAGCAACGGCCAGCAUACCCAACUGGGAAUCUUACGCAGCCGAGUGA